AUAAUUAAGCAAGUCAUGUGAUAUUAACACAAGAUUCUAGAAAUUUCGUUAGUUUUUCCUUACAAAAAAUUUUUGUUUUACUCCAAAUUUUUGCAAUACCAAAAUGGAAGUAUCAGCGAAAAUGCAAUCAUCGUUCAUGUCUCUGCGCUCAUCCAUCUUGCUGUAUUCGCGAAACAGGCCCAAUGAGUGCCAGUGUCAUCGCAUCGAUGUGAAGAACUGUAAGGAGGAUGAUCGUAAGAAACAGGAGGAGUACUUUGAGCGGGAUAUGGACGACAUUGCCGACAGUGUUAUGCAGGUGAUGCGUAUCUGUGGCCUAAAUAGUUGGGAUGUUAAGCAUACGAGGGAGGUAAUCAAGCGAUCCUUUCGUCAUUACGAUGAGAUACGCUAUCGCAUCGAUAGAGUGCCGCGCAAACGAUUUGCCAGAGAGAAUUUUAUUUACGAUCUGGCCAAGAAGGCGGGAAUGUCACGAAUAGAUUGCCAAGUGGCCUAUUCGAUAGUGAAGAGAGCAUUCCGGGCCUACUAUCAUGGGACGGCUUUCGAGGGCAAGCGUGUGAGGUCAAUUGUGGAAAAUAUGAGACACACGCAGGAAUGCCUGUGGGUACACGCAGCCAAGAGAACCGCAGAGGUGCAUGCUGCAUACAAGGGACUAAUGUACUCGGAGCAACAGCUCUUUGAGGAGCGUAUCGAGUGCGUCUACAAGAGCUUGCAUGAAGCCCUCAUGUCACGUGAGUUUUGGGAUGAUGAAAUGCAGUGCACGUGUACCAAAAAGAAUGCAAUAGGCGGCAUACGAUCCCAGGAUACAGGCUUCAAUACGCUCAAUACCACCGAAGUGGAAAUCCUCUUUCGAAAUCAGAGUAUAGUUAGCAGUGAAGCGGGAUCCCAGUUGUCUAUACGAAUGGAAAAUAUAACAAAUAGGGUGGAAAAUAUGUUAGGGAACGAGAAUGAAAGCCGAAGCCAAAUUAAUGCAGCCAAUCAAAACGCACAAGGUGAUCAUUUAAAACAAUCUCCAUCAGGUGCUUUGCGUGCUAGCUGUACGUCGUUAAGGCAAACACUUAAAGCAAAAACUACGUUUAGCGUCAACACCGUCACUUCUGAGCUCAAUGUGACAAAAUGCAUGUGUCCGCGUCUCCAGUGUGAUCGAGAGUUUGAGCGCGAGACUCCUGUGAUUACUGCCGAGUGUAGUCAAGGGCCCUACAUAUGCCGUUGGUUGCCCUACAACAGCGAGGAGGAGGAAUUUAAGGAGCAUCGCGUGCCUUUUCCACCUUUGGAGACUAUUUGCCCAGCCUGUCCCACCGACACUUUGCCCUGUGAUAGUGAAUGCACCUGCACUUGCAAUGUCUGCGAAUGCAAGCCAGCCUAUGAUAUUGGCGGCGAGGAAGAGCAUCACGGUGAGAAACUGUCGUCCACUGGUUUGGAAGACUAUGACACGGACUAUUGCUGGUUGGCUCCGUUCCGUGAUUGGCCCAGGGUGGACAAGCCACACAUGGUGGAAGAGGCUGAAGAGGAAGAAUCUUGCAUUUCGGCCUCGCUUGAGGAAGGCCACAAGCAUAGAGCGGUUACGUUUACCUACUUGGCGCCAUUUAGACCGCAGAAGCCUGAGGACAAAGUUGAACCACAAGUGGAAAUACUUCCAGAAGAUCCAGUGGAAGCGGAAGAUGAAGAUUUAAUGAACAAACGUCCACCACAAGGUAUAUCUGUGGAAACAUAUUGCUGUUGGAAUCAACCACCUCCAUCUUCAUCGUCCUCAAGUGAAGAUAAUCAAAUCAUAUUGGUUCUACCCAAUAACCAGCAGCCUAAGAUCAGCGGCAUUUCUAUGGAUGUAACAGUUAAGAAACAACACCAACAGGCAGAGGGACAACAGGCACUAACAAAGCAGCAGCCAACUACAAAUACAACUCCAAAAUCGAUUGUAAAGACCAAUCGACCAAGUAAAGCUCAACCGCAUCCUGCGACUCCAAGACGACAGUCCUUAAUCACACCGCCCAGACCAAACACUCCAGCUACUCCACCACCAGCAGCACCACCAACCAAUCCGCCCAACCCACCAGCUCCAGUUCAACGUCGGGAAUCGAAAUUAACCAAGGAUGAUAUUUUGGAUAUUAUUGGACUCUGAUCGAAAUAAAUCCCUGAAUGGAGAGGGCUACGCAAUAGUUUGUCAGGAAAAGUUAUUUGAUAUUUUCUUUUUUUCCCCAUUGUCGACGAUUUUUCAUAAAUUUGUGUAAGUGUAUGUUUGUGUUUACCAAACGAACUGUCAAUUGAUUGUCAAAUUAUAAAACGAAAACGGUCAGUUCAAAAA